AUGACAUUGCCUGAAAGCUCAACCUUUCCUCACCAUGUCGCUGCUGGCUGUCUACAUGUCUCGCGGGUAGACAGUGGACUAUCAGACGAACAAUGGUUUCGACUACCCAAGCAGUGGAACCCUUUCUUUCGAUCCGAUCAAGAGCUCAAUCGCUCGAUUGUCGCAUCGGGUGUGCAUCAUAUCGAACUGACCGAGUCCCUUCACAAGUGCACCAAUUUUCCUCUAGAGCUGCAAGAGCUUCUGUUCGAAGUUGCUCUGGCCCCUUUCGCAAAGCUUUUCCGGCACCACUGGAUCGAACUCGAAUUCGUAAGGAGCCAGGAUGAUGCAGACAUCAACAGUCUUGUCAGGGUCUACCUUUUACCAGAUGAUAAGGACCGGUCCCUUAUCAACCGUUCCAACAAACCUCUAAGGAGGCAUUGGAACAGCCUUCUCUCGAAGCUGGACUUUUCUCCAUCGGCAUGGAAGGGUAAAUCCAAUGGUGACCGGAGUUUCCAGCCUGCUUUAAUGCAGCCGCCUGAUCAAGAUGGAGCAGAGCCCUCACUUUUGCAGCUGUUUAACACCAUACCAUCCCCAAAACCAAGUCCUGACUAUCUUCUGGACUCUAAUGACCGCGAAUACUGCCGGAGUCUUCUCAACUGUGAUAUCCCGGGGUUGAAAACUCAGCUCUUUUUGUACCAGCGCGAGGCUGCAGCCGCAAUGUUUGAGAGAGAAGCACAGCCUUCGCAGCGUACAGACCCUCGACUCUGCCACGUUGUCGACCAAAACGGAGAUCCUUGGUUCUUUGACUAUAUUACUGGCGAAGUCCUGAAGGAUGGACGAUCCUAUGAAGGUGUCUCUGGUGGUAUUUUAGCUGAAGAGAUGGGUUCUGGCAAGACACUUAUCUGCCUUGCACUAAUAGCGGCAACAAGGCAACAGCCAGCUUACAGACCCGAGAUGUACACUGCACCUAUCAUUGUUCGGCCAAAACUUGGAUCGCUUGCUGACAUGGCAGCCGCAGCCGGAUCUAUGGCUUCGGUUCCAUGGCGCAGCUACUUUUCCAGAGAGCAAUGUGGAGAUCGAGAGUAUACCAACUGUCUGGACAAGAUUGAACAAAACCCCGGCUGGUAUCUUAUGCCUCGCCCUGCACCUAAACGAGUUAGCCGUCAGCCAGAAGCUUUUGAGCAGCAGUCGGACAAGGUCUACUUAUCUUGCGCAAGUCUUGUCAUCGUCCCAACGAACUUGCUUGAGCAAUGGAAGGAUGAAAUCGCGAAGCACACCCCAGACCUGCGUACUUUGGUCUUGACCAAAGCUCAAGUACCUACGACUAUACCAAACACACUUUCUCUGCUGCAGUACGACGUUAUCCUUGUAUCCGUGACUCGUUUCGAACGGCUUAUCGACAACCGAAUCAAAGACAAACAUGGCUCUUGGGUUCUUUUAUCUCCCUUAGCCCAGGUCCACUUUAAAAGAAUCAUCAUUGACGAAGGGCACGCACUGGGUCAUUCUACUUUGGCAAAGAAGAGUAAUCUGCUACUGGUAGUUGAGCAACUUCAAACCUCUGCUCGCUGGGUUGUCACCGGUACCCCUUCGAAAGGGCUUUAUGGUGUGGACGGUUCAUGCGCGGGGCGUAAGGAGCUCUCGCAUAGCCAGGAGCGCAAAGAUACCGAACAUAUCGGUUCUAUAGCGGCACAUUAUCUGAACGCUCGGCCGUGGGCCAACAAAGUUCUGGAGGAUGGCGAUACAACCGCAGACUGGCGUGUCUAUGUGAUGCAGACUAAAAACAACAACGAGGUCCAGAACCGCAGAAGGCAGUCUGUUCUCAAAUCUACACUUGACUCACUGAUUAUCCGUCAUCCAAAGUCGGAGCUCAGUCGUCUUCUCCCAAAAGUAACAGAGAAAACUGUUUAUAUUGAUGGGUCCUACCAGGACAUCAUGUCACUGAACUUGUUUGCGGCUUAUAUUAUCCUCAAUAGUGUGCAAUCACAACGUGUCGAUCAAGACUAUUUUUUUCACCCCAAGCAACGGAAAUAUCUCGAUGAGCUUGUUUCCAACGAAAGGCAAGCGAGCUUCUUUGGCGGAAAUUUCUUCACUGCAACGGACAUUCACAAGGCAGUGUUGACCGCUGAAGAGUUUCUGCAAAAGGGAGAUGUUGUCAUCAGCAAGGAAGAUGAUUGUUUGAUCCGCGAGGCGAUUACUUUCGCCAAGAUGGCAGAGGCCAACAAAACUCGGGAAGUGUCUAGCCGCUGUUUCGAGGUGCCCAUAUACAUUGAGGAUUUCCCGGGCAGGGAAUACGCCGGAGUUUUAAGCUCAUGGGCUGUCGACGGCAAAGGGGGCGAUAAAAUGUGCACAAUAGCACCACUGGUUGUGGUCCUGCAGCGUUAUGUACGUCCGUGGCUCAGCUCGCCGGAAUCACUCGAAAUUGUUUUCAACUCUGGAACGUUCGCGACUUACGGUGCAAAAGCGAGGAACAAGGCGAUGGGAGGCGUGCCUGAGAUUAUACAACGUGGAGAAGGGCCAUCCAGCAUUGCCUUUACCGACAAGGAUGACAAGAUGUACAAAGAUGUCAGCAAACAAAAGAAGGCCCGUUCAGGGACUUUGGAGUGGGCGGAUGUCAACGAUACGUUGGAGAAGGACGAAGAGAUUGCAAAACCGCUUGUAAAAUGUCGUCUCGUUUCGACAGCUUCAGCCAAGUUGUCCUACCUGAUUGAUCAGAUUACGAAGUAUAAAGAUGAAGAAAAGAUCUUGGUGUUCUACGAAACAGAAAAUGUUGGAUGGUAUAUCGCGGGAUGCUUGGAGAUAUUACAUAUACCCCACCUCAUCUACGCAAAGAAUCUCAAGGCUGAACGACGGGCGCAAUACGUGGCGACAUUCAACGAGAUGUCUAAAUUCAGGGUGAUGCUCAUGGAUCUCAAGCAAGCGGCUUUCGGCCUCAACAUGAACUCUGCGUCACGAAUAUACUUUGUGAACCCGGUGCUUAACCCACAAAUAGAGGCACAGGCUAUCGGUCGAGCGAGGAGGAUAGGUCAAAGCAAAGACGUGACAGUCGAGACCUUAGUUUUACGUGGCACCUUGGAGGAGCUCAUUGUAGAACGCAAGAAGAAGAUGACGCAGGAGGAGCACAGGCGGAUCAAAUCCAUCAUGGACGACAGGCCUUUCUACGAAUGGUUUCAAAAUGCCCGAAUUUUGCCAUUGCCGGAUGUAGCGGCCGAUGAUGGCCCAGGACAAAUGGCACCGUUGGCAGUACCCGUUCCGCUGUUUGGACGAGGAUCAGGCCAAAUCAUACAUCCGGACCAGGAUCUCUUAGCCAAAGGAGAAAGGGAGUCCAGCGACCGAGAGUGCGCCACCCCGUGUAGCGACAACGGCGGAGUAGGUAGCUCCUUCGGGCGUAAACGUCCCUUGUCUAUGGCGGCAGAUGCGGCAGAUGCGGCAGCAGAGGACGCGGUGGAUAAGAAGCCAAAGAAACCUGCCAAAGGUGUUCGCUUUGCGUAGCCAGCUUUAUUUCGCCAGCCCAUGACCGCUGUCAGCAAGACUGAGGGAGACAGACAGCCUCUCUCGCUCAACCUAAACCGGAUGGAAGUAUAACAAGCGUGUUUGAGGUAUAAUAGGCAAGGAGAGACAGCCCGAUAUAGAAUAGACCUAGACUGUGUUUUAGCCUUGUCUGGUUAGAUAGGGUUCCUUAGGGAUGGACAUAUAGCUUGGCGCAUUAGCAUUAGGGUUGGGCGGUCAGGGUGGUUAGGUUUACAGUACUGCACUAACUGAUUACGAAUACAUUUCAUGUAAUUUUUUUUUUUUUUUUUUUU